UGCUAUGAGACGCUGCAUGGCGUUUCUCUGUUUGAGUUUCUGAGGUAAAAAGCUGCAGUUAUUUUUCAGCAAAUAGUUAGUACAAUUUUAUUUGAAGUAGAUUUUCAGACGGAAAUACAUCAAUUAAAGGUUUACGAAAGACGUAUGAAUCCAACCAGAGAAGACUUCUUCCUUACCUUACCAGACCAACAAAAUGAGCCGGGGUCAGAGCACAAGCCCAAACAUUUCCUCCAUUGACAAAUCCGUGAACACAAUGGCUCUUCCAAAACUUAAAGCCAGGCAUGGGAUUGUCAGAAAGCCAGUCAUAGCCUCUCUCGCAGGGACCACCAAAGCAGUAUCCUUCUCCCAAAGGCCCCAACCUCCUGCUAAGCCCAGAUCAGAGUGGCCCUUAUCAGCAGGUGGAUCUUACACACUUCACACACUUGCUCAGCUGGUCUCAGGUGAGGAGAAGAAAACCUCCAGCGCUCACCAGUCCACUAUCUGUGAAAGACAGAACCGGCGGGACUCGGGCAGCUCUAAUGACAAUGAGGCAUCAAGCUCUGUGAAUUCAGCACAGCAUGGGCAUAUAGGAGUGCAGACAGGAAAGACUGAACAAUUCUGGGAGCCUCAUGAGCAUCAAACUCUCUCCAAACACAGCAGCUCCCAGAGUCACACCAGCAGCGCUGGCUCCAGCACCAUCCAAAGUGUCAAAUCCACCUCUGAUCUGUUGGAGGAAGCCAGAACUAUUGCUGGACUCCAGCCGCCAGAUGAUGUUGACCAGCAGAGGGCGCCAGAUGAGAGCUUGGCAGACACAGACACAUUAGUGAUGGAAAGUGGGCACAUACCUGUAGUAGAGGAUGACAGUGGUGCAACUUUCUCUGACCAAGCUGGAAACAACUGCAGCUCUGAUGAUGAGGGGCCGACUCAAAGGGACACAUCUGUACCGCAUGUCUAUCUGCCAAAAAAACGUUCCCCAAGACCAAUGUGCCAUCCAUCUGUGUCAUCUGGUGUCUACAAAAUGGCUGAGUCAGUUUUACAGAAGGACUCUGAGUUUGGCUCUGAUGGUGGAGGACACAAGGAUCUGUUAUCCCAGGUGACCAAUGAAGAUAUAAUAAUGGCCCAUGGAUAUAGCUUGACUCCGAUUCAGAGGGCUGAAAGGACAUCCCGUCAGACCAAAACCAUUCGAACCAUUCAAGGCCUGUCACUACUUGCAACCUGGACACCUAAAAAAGAUGCAGAGGGCUAUAAAACCAUCCACCAUUGGUGUACCACUCCUGCCAGUCAAGUCGUGCCUGUUGAGCUCCAACUUGCUUCUAAAAUCUGCCACACUCAAAAACUGAUCCCUGCAACAGCACAGUUUAACCAGCAGAGGGAAGCACUUGGACAUAUAUCUAUACAUCCUGACAUACAGAGGCUGGUGUGUGAAGGUGUUCCUGUUGAUUCUACUGGGGUUUCAGCACAGACAGACUGUGCUUCCCACAUACCUAAACAGACGUCAGAUAUUCUGGAGGACUGGCAGAAAAUAGCUGAUUAUUACGUGGAGAGACCAAGGAUUAUGAUGUGUGGACAUGCUGCAACACUGUGUCCCUUUGAGCUCAGAAUGUUCUGGAACCCAGCACCUCCUAAAUUCAUCUGUGCUCCCUGUGUUAUGAAAGACACACUUUUCCCCAAAUACCAGGUAACUCAGCCAGACCUGUGCAAAGAGAAUCUGUUGAAUCUUUUGGACGAGCACCACGUGGCGGAGACAGUUAACCAUGUGAUGAAUGCAGAACAGAUUACUUCUGAGGAAAAUGUCUCGCCUAUUGAGUGUAAGUCUGUGGCAGACUUCAGAACAACAGCCUCACUGACUCUCUCUGGGUUCAUCUCAACAGAACAGACCAGACGGCCUUGUUCUGCCCCGCACUUAACCCCAGAUCUUGAGCCUCAUCUUCAGCUGCAGUCUGACUUCACCAGCCUUUCCCAGGAGCUGGAGCAUGUGCGGUGGCAGUGGCAGCAGAACACAAUCUGUGCAGCUCUGGCCAGAGAAUCCCCAUCCAAUGCCAAACAGGCAAAGCCCCAGGAGGUUCACACAGAGCCCAACUCAUCAGAGUGGCCCCGCCAGACCCCAAACCACAGAAGGAACCCACACAAAGGCAAAGAGAGGGGAAGGGUAUCCUGUUCCAAACGCAGGGCCACGAAGAGAGGAAAGACACGCAGCUCUGUUAAAACGGCAUACUUUUGGAAAAAACUGAGAGAGCCACCAAGGACACUAACAAGGAGCGAGUCUCUGUGUCAGAUACCACGGGAGUCUAAAACUUCCAAAGGGCAAGUUUCACCCCGCCUCUGCCUCAGUCUGCCUAUGCUCCUAGAUUUUGAGAGCUUUGCCACAGAUCGUGGUGGAAUACCUGACACUACAUCACCCAGAGAGUGGGUUAGAGACACAUGGGACGCCUGGUUCGACGAGGUUUUUCCUCCUCUGGAAAAUGUUCAGAGCUCAAGCUCUCUCCCUGCUGGUCUGGAGGAGAAUCAGCUUCCACAGGACGAGAUCCAGAAUCUGGACAAAGUUGAUGUGUCUGAGGUUUUGGACAAUGGUCUCACUACAGCUGAUUUGGAGCAUGAAGUGGCCAAGCUGACCCAAACUUUGAAUGAACGUGGAAACCACGGUGCCUUCGACCGGUGUCGACGUGGAGCGCUUUACAUUAAACUUGGUUAUCUCAACCAGGCCCUUGAAGAUCUCAAUGCUGCCAUCUCCCUGGAGCCCCAUUUACUGGAUGCCUUCUGGCACAGGCACAGCAUAUACCUGCUGAGAAACGACCCCGAUAGAGCUUUGGACGAUCUAAACGUCAUCGUUAAAAACAACAAGAAGCAUGCAGACGCCUUCAUGUCUAAAGCAGAAAUCUACAAACAAAGAGGGGAAACUGCACUGGCUGCAUUCAGCUACACCCAAGUCAUCAAAGUCAAGCCAGAUGAUGCAGAGAUAUACUUUAAAAGGGCAAAGAUGUAUGAGAAGAUGGGCGAAGUACCGCUGGCCAUGGAAGACUACGCCAAAACCUUCACUAUCGACUCAACAAGGACAGAUGCAAUGAUGGCCCAUGGAAUACAUCACUUCAACAGCUCCAAAUGGAUGGUGGCCUUGGAAGACUUUACCUUACUGCUAAAGCAAGAACCUGGGAAUGCUAUAGCCAGAACAUACAGAGGAAGGAUCUAUUCCAAGCUGGGUCACUUUGAGAAGUCUAUCGAGGACUUUUCUCUGGCUGUGCACUGGGAUCCCAGUGAUUGGUUGGCGUUUUACCACAGAGGCUGUCUGCUGAGGAAGAUAAUGCCUGUUGAGGCCUUAAGAGAUCUCAGUACAUCUGUUCUCAUCAAUGACAGUGCAGAAAACCUGGGCGCGUUCCUACACCGCGGUCUGGUCUACACGACGCUUCGGCACUGGCGGCAGGCUAUGGCUGACUUUGAAGUCGUGAUCAAACUUGACAGGACUGCAGCUGUUGCUCAUGUCAGUUUGGGACUGAUCUGCAUGCUGAAGAUGGACCGAAAUAAUGAGGCCAUUAAAAGGUUCAGUAAUGCUUUGAAAGCAGACCCCACCCAUGUAAAAGCCUACAUAUGCCGGGCCAGAGCCUAUUACAAUGUGAAUAAUCUGAGUAGAGCAGUGAAGGAUUUGACUCGAGCCAUACAUAUGAAGCCAGACGCUUAUGAUCUGCACAUCAUGAGAGGGAAGUACUUGUAUGAAAUGAAGAAAAUUGACAUGGCUAGCCUCUCCAUACGGUAUGCAGAAGAAAUGAAAACAGCUCUGGGUUUAUCACCGGUCCAGCAAGCUGCCAUCCAAUUGUUCCUGGGGAAUGAUGCCAAUGCCAUCGUCUGUCUCGAGGAAGCGGUCGAUACAUGCCCUUCUCCUCCACAACUCAUUCUUCUCGGGAGAGCGUUGAUAAGGGAACACAGGUUCACAGAAGCAGUGGACAGUUUCAGAAAGGCCCUGUCAUGUCUGGGUACUAAUACAACUAAACUCAAAACUGCUCAAGAGGCUGAGGAGGUCUUUUAUCUUAUCGGCGUAUGCUACAUGACACAAAUGCUUUCAUUACAGAAGUGUGAAGACUCUCUCCUCCUUAAAGCUUUAGAUGCUUUUAACAGCACUCUGAGCAUGAACCCAGACCAUGCCGAGGCUCUCCAUCAGAGAGGCCUGUGCCGCGUGUAUCUACAAGACUCCACAGGUGUUCAGGACUUUAACAGAGCACUCCAAAUCGACCCUAACCUCUAUCAGGUGCAUCUAAGCCGAGCUGCCCUUUAUGGGUCUGAAAGACGAUAUGCAAAGGCUGUACUCGACUGUAGUGAAGCUAUCAGGAUCCAGCCCAAGUGUGUCAGAGCAUACCUGUAUAAAGGAGCUCUUAAAUUCUAUUUGAAAGCAUACAAGAGUGCAGUGGAGGAUCUGACAAUGGCGAUCUAUAUCGACAGCACCUGCUCAUUUGCUUUCUACAACCGUGCAAUAUGUUUUCAGGAACUGCGGGAUUAUGAGCUGGCUCUCAGAGACUACAGCAUUACGCUUCUUUUGGACUGUAAGACGGAGCUCGAGCUCAAAGUGUUGAUAAACCGUGGCCUUCUCUAUGUGGAGCUAAAUGACUUUAGCAGUGCCCUUCAGGAUUUUAAUGCAGCAGCAAAGAACCGACCAGGGGAUGUAAUAAUUCACCAAGCACUAGGAGUCAUUCACCACAGGCUCGGCCAGUUACACGAAGCUGUACAGGCUUAUAGCAAAGCUAUAAGACUUGAUCCCUUCUUGCAGGAUUCUCAUGUGGGCAGAGGCAAAGUUUUCAUGGAUUAUGGGGACAAUAACGGCAGGAAAAAAGCCCAAAAGGACUUCCUCUCAGCCCUGCAUCUCAAUCCACUCUGCUUGAGUGCCCGCAUUUGCCUGGCAUACAACUUGCAGGUUUUGGGAUUCUUCCAGAGAGCCUGGAAUCAGUUCACUGUGGCUAUAGAGGUAAACCCUAAAAACUGGGCUGCGUAUGAAGGCAGAGCUGUCACCAGUCUACAGAUGGACAACAUGUUUGCAGCCCUGCAGGAUAUAAACUCUGCUAUAAAGUGUAACCCUCUCGCAGAACAGCUCUUCACAAACCGAGGUCUGAUCCAACAGUUCAUGGGGGAUAAAUCUAGUGCCAUGAAGGACUACCAGACCGCCAUCAGCCUCAACCCAGAAUAUGCUCUCGCUUACUUCAAUGCUGCCAACCUCUUCUUUUACAACGGACAGUUUGAGCAGGCAUGUGAGUUCUACAGCCGAGCUUUUGAGCUGGACCCCUCAGAUGAGUCUAUCAUCCUGAACCGAGCCAUCACUCACGCUCUGUUGCGGAAGGUCACAGAAUCCCUGCAGGAUUUCAAUGAGGCUCUCUGCCUUAACCCGCAAUCUGCACAUGCCUACUUUAACCGAGCCAACCUAUACUGCUCUCUCAGACAGUUCCAAUCAGCCGAGAGGGACCUUACACAAGCUCUAAUGCUGCAGCCUGGAGAUGCUCUUCUCUAUAAGCUUCGGGCUGAUGUCCGGGGUCGUCUGGGGUGGACGGAGCAGGCGCUCGAGGACUACAGGAAGGCAUUGGAACUUCAGGACUCAGGAGUCGUAAACAAAAUGAGCUAAUGCAACACAUUUUUGCCUUAACUUAAUUUCAUUGCAUGCAGUCA